AUGGCACGGGAGCUGCCGCUGCCCUUGAAAGAGAGAGGCACGACCACUGAUUCAGGGCCAGAGAUGGAAGGUGACCUCUCCCGCGCCUCGACCGAGGGACUGAGGAGCUGCGAGCCCCCGGAGGGAGGCAAUGCCAGCAUGGAAGGAGCGAUGGGGCCAGCCUGGGUUGCCACUCCAGACCACAGCGGAGGAGGGAUUACAGGCCUGGAGCAGCAGGGCUGCACUGGAAGUACAUCGUCUCCUGGACUCACAAGCACCGCGGUUGAGCCCAAUCUCCCUGCACGUGAUGGGCAAGAACCCAAGUGCACUUCGGGAGUCACCAACACAAGCUUUGUUGGGGAUCCUCCACCCUAUUCUCCUCCAGACCCAAAGACUGCUCACUUGAUGUACCCACCUUUCCAGGCCAUCUCAGGACAAGUGCCCAUCAUGUACCAGCCAGGACCUUCGCAGCAGAAUUUUCCUCCUGGCUCCUUCCCAUACACUAUUUACAACGGGCUUCCUGCCAGCAGGCUUCCAGGAGCGGCAGACAGGAGGCGCCCGCCCAAAGAUUAUAUGGUGGAGUCGGUGCUGGUGACGAUUUUCUGCUGCUUAUUGACAGGGGUGAUCGCCCUUGUCUACUCCCAUGAGACACGAGCAGCCCUGAACAGAGGAGACCUGAUCCAAGCCAAGUUAGCAUCCAAAAAAGCCCGAUCCCUGGUUCUCUUCAGCCUGCUCUUUGGAGUGUUCGUGUGCAUCAGCUGGGUCAUCUAUGUAGUGGUGGUCCUUUAUCUAUGA